UAGGCCUUUGUUUAUUCCGGAUGGGGUGAUGGCGGCGCCCGUCAUGUCGUCUGCUCCUGGCGCCACCCUCCUCUUGCGACGCCUUCGGGGCCUCCUGCAGCAGCAAGCCACAGCAGGAGGAGCCUGUAGGAGGCUGCAUGUGGUGACAGGAGCCCGUGGGAGGCUACAGGUGGUGACGGGAGCCUCCCUGAGUUGUGUACGGGAGGCCGAGGUUGAGCUCCUGCGCCAUCCUGGUGGCCUCAGUCAUGGCCCCGCGGGUCUCGCACACACCUGGCUUGCUGCUCCUCUCAGAGACACCUGGUAUGGCACACCUGGCAGGUAUACCUGGUAUGGUGCACCGGGCAGAUAUACCUGGUAUGGUGUACCUGUUAGGGCGCUGUGGACCUCUGGGGUUACUUUCAAGGCCGUCGACACCUCUCAGCCUUCUAAGAGUGUGACAUCAUGGAAUGUGGUCAAGAAGAAAAAGAACAUGCGAGAGGCAGGACAGGACCUUCUCGAGGAUUUCAAAGAGAAGAAGGCUAAAGUCAGAGAAAAAAUGGAUAAAAUCAUUGAGCGUGAAAACAUCUGGACAGUGCCAAACCUGCUGUGUGUUGGUCGUAUUGCCCUCUCCCCUCUUCUCGUCCACUUGGUUAUUUCCGCCAACUACAGCUGGGCUCUUGGCCUCUUUAUGUUUGCUGGCGUCACCGACCUGCUUGACGGUUGGAUCGCACGAACUUUCCCCGGACAAGCCUCUAAUCUGGGAAGCUUUCUUGACCCUUUGGCAGACAAAGUUUUGGUAGCUCUGUUGUUCCUCUCUCUUACUUAUGUUGGAGCCAUCCCACUACCGUUGACGGGGCUCAUUAUCUAUCGUGAUGUUCUAAUUAUUGGAGGAGCUUCAUAUGUACGCUACAAGAGUCUUCCCCCUCCACGAACGCUCACCCGCUACUUUGACGCCACACAUGCUACAGCCAGGCUGGCGCCCACCACGUUGAGUAAGUUCAACACUGCCGUGCAGCUGGGUCUCAUCACCGCCUCGCUCGCAGCGCCAGUCUUUUGCUUCUCCGACCAUUAUCUCCUCAAAUAUGUUUGGUGGCUGACAGCUGCAACAACUCUAAGCUCUGGCAUCAGUUACAUAUUCUCAAGAGACACUUACAAAAUCUUGGGUAAUAUGAGCGAGACGUCCGAGAAAUAAGUGUGUUAGUAGUGAAUACUGAUGCUACAACACUGUGUUCAUCGCUCCUUUCAUCAUAAUUGUAUACAUAUUUUCAUAUUUACAUCACGUUAUAUGUGGUUUGUAAACAUACUGUAUUUUUGUUAGUCAAAACUAUAAAAAACAUCAUAUACCAUGUUUAA